CACUGCUCCAAGAGGUUUUGGACUCCAUCUCCCUGAAGCUUUAGCCAUGUUGGCCUAUGGUCUGGGAUUCUGGGAGCUGAAGUCCAGAAUCCCUUAAAGGGCACAAUUUGGGGAACCGCUGCUUCUACGGUCGGCAUGUUAGGGGCGAGGAGAGCCGCCCGGGCGAUCAGAAGGCUCCUGGAGCCCCCUCAGGGCUGUGUGGGCGGCCGCUGCUCCCUCCUCCGCCGCCGCCAGGGGUCCUCCGCCUCCGCCUUGGCCGAAGUGAGGCGGCUGGAGCCUCGCAGGGACAGGUUCGGAGGCCUGAGCUUCCGCCUCUCCGAGCUUCGUUCCCCCGAAAGCCUGGACGCGGCCACUUUCCGGCGCUGGCUAGAGGAGUCUAUCAAGCAAUGGAGAGCAGAAGGCCACAUAGCAGUCUGGCUGCAUGUUCCCAUUCUACAGAGCAGAUUUAUAGCUACAGCAGCAGAGCUAGGAUUUGCCUUCCACCAUGCCGAAUCAGACUCUGCUACACUAACUCUGUGGCUAGGAGAAGGAUGCAGCAAGCUACCCGUUUAUGCCACUCACCAGUUAGGAGUAGCAGGUGCUGUAUUAGAUGUCCAUUCUGGCAGAGUAUUGGUUGUGCAAGAUAAGAAUAAAACAACAAAUGUAUGGAAAUUUCCAGGGGGAUUGUCUGAACCAGGAGAAGAUAUUGGGAGCACAGCAGUUCGAGAAGUUUUUGAAGAGACAGGCAUAAAAUCAGAAUUCAGGUCUCUUCUAAGCAUAAGACAGCAACAUAGACACCCUGGAGCCUUUGGAAAGUCAGAUAUGUAUAUUAUCUGCCGCUUGGAACCUUCUUCUUUCAGCAUCAGUUUCUGCCAGCAGGAGUGCCUGAAGUGUGAGUGGAUGGACCUAACUGACCUUGCCAAGUCCAAAGAAACAACUCCAAUCACCAGCAACAUUGCUAGACUACUUCUGUAUGGGUACCAUGAAGGGUUUGAUAAGAUCGAUCUAACUAUGAGGGAAUUUCCAGCUGUGUACACAGGUCUUUUCUAUAAACUGUACCACAGAGAACUGCCAGAAAAUUAUAGGAACAUGACAAGUUUGCAAAACAUUUAG